AUGGCUUCCACAAACGAAGACCAAACAAUCACCAAUGAAACCACAAACACUGUCUUUUCAUCUUCUUCUUCUCCAAUCUUCAUUUCCACUGAGAAUUUACGAACCAUUCUCACCCAUCAAACUCUAAUGAACCACAUCGAUUCCAAUCUCCCCAAAGUUUCAACCUUUCUCCAAACCCCAAUUCGUCAACACUAUACUCUCUCUCCUUCCUCUUCCCUCCUCCUCAUGCCUUCAUGGUCUUCUUCUUCCUCCUUCCCUUACGUUGGUGUCAAACUCGUAACCCAUUUCCCUCAAAAUUCCUCAAUCAAUUUACCCGGUGUUCAAGGUAGCUAUGUCCUCUUCAAUUCCACCACUGGCCAAACCCUUGCUUCUAUGGAUUCUACUGAGCUCACGCUUUACAGAACCUCUUGUGUCUCUGGCUUGGGUUCUAAGUAUUUAUCUAGAGAUGAUAGUGAGGUUCUUGUCAUGGUUGGUGCUGGUUCCCUUGCACCUCAUUUGAUCAGGGCUCAUUUUUCAGCUAGGCCCAGUUUGAGAAAAGUGUUGAUUUGGAAUCGGACUGUUGAAAAGGCGGAAGCUUUGGCUAAGAAACUGAGAGAAAGUGAGGAUUUUAAUCUUUCAGGGUUGAGUUUUGAAGGGUGUGGGUGUUUGGAUGAGGUUGUUGGAUUUGGGGAUAUUGUGAGCUGUGCUACGAAUUCUGAGACCGCGCUUGUGAAAGGCGAGAGGUUGAAGGUUGGAGCUCAUUUGGAUUUGGUGGGUUCUUUUAAGCCUUCAAUGAAGGAAUGUGAUGAUGAGGCUUUGAAAAGGGGGAGAGUGUUUGUUGAUAAUGAGGCUGCGUUGGUUGAAGCAGGGGAGUUGGUGGGUGCUUUUGAAAGAGGGGUGAUCAAGGAAGAUGAAAUUGGGGCAAAUUUGGUGGAGCUUAUUAGAGGUGAUCAAGUUGGGAGAAGCAGUUCUGAGGAAAUUACUGUUUUUAAGUCUGUUGGUUCUGCUGUGGUUGAUAUGCUGGCUGCACAGUUUGUUUAUGACAGAUACACAGGGAAAUAG